AUGCCCAGACCGAUUCCGUUUCCACGAUCAACGUCAAACUUGAAAGCGCGUGCCGCCUCCGACGAUUUCGAGCAUCCAGUGGCUCGAUCCAGAACGAGGAUUUUCCCGGAAGACACCUCGAAGCUGCCCCAGAAAGGCAAUCAGAAAAUGCCACGAGGAGUCGUUGAAGAGCUCAAGACAAAGCUCAACAACAACGAUUUUCGUGCCAUACGAAAUUCCCUUCAAUCGAUUAACCUUCGAAGCGAUCCGUCAUCGUUUGCUGAUCGCGCACCAACACAUCCACAGUAUCGCCUUUUCGGAGACACUCUUUCUGAAGGAGGGGAAAUCAAGGAGUUUGGACAAUCUCGCCGACACCUUCGUCUCUAA